AUGAUUGCCUGGGAGAAAAUCACCAGAUUGAUUGUCGGCCGUGCCGUCGCAGAGAGAAGUGAGCACAAGAAGCUCGAAAAGAAGUACAAGGAGGCUGAAGCAGCUCUCAAACUCAUCACUGAGGUUGCCCCUGAGCCACUACCACAAUGUCUCAGCAGACCUUCAUCACUCUGGAGUGCAGCCAUCUCUGAAGAAGCACGCAAGCCACGUGAAGGUGUCCUGCGCACUUCACAAAGACCCAACUACGAGCGUUCUUCCUCAACUCCCGCUGUGAAUCAUGUCGCACCUCGCAGAUCACCAUCUGGCCCACCAGACAUCACUGCUCGAUCCCUCAGUCAAGAGGAAUUGAAGCGAAACUACAGCGCUGACAGCUUCUGGGACACCAAAAUUCACCCACUUCCUCCUAUGCCUGAAAUGACUGGCUUCGGAAAAUAUCGCCGAGCCGUCAAUGCCUCACCAGAGUGGCAAUUGGAACACCUUCACAAACACCUUUACGACAUGAGCGACAUAAUCGUCGGUCAUUUGGGCUCACUGCCUCCUGCCGGCCUGGAUUCAGGCAUCUGGGACGAGUACAGAACCCACCACGCACGAACCACCAGCUUUGCAAGCUCACGCAGCUCCACCACUGGCCUCGAGUCUGCCGUGGCCUCAGAAUAUCUUGACCCCGUCACCGGCACCAAAAUCACUCGCGGAUUUUCCGCUUCUACCAUCUCGAGCGCAGCAAGCUCUUUCAGAGAAGGCUCAAUUACCUUCCGCCGCGAUUCCAGCUUCUCCAAAUCAAGUAUGGCCAGCCCUAUGUCGGACAUCGAUGCAAAGGGCAGCCGAAGACCAAGCCGGACUUCUUCCUACCAUACCAGCAUGACAUCAAUGAAUCAUUUGACGUCCAUCAGCGAAAUCCAAGAACCAUUCACCACCUUCCCCCGCAAGAUCGAAAAACCCUGCGAGUUCGACGCCAAUGGAAAUACUGAAAGUGCACUUGCAUCCGACGAAGACGAAGAACUCGAAUGGGAAGACAUGCUCGAAGUUGGCGGAGCCAACAUGAGCAACCUCACCAAACGGCUUGACCGAACAUCAUCAUCUCGCGCCAUGUCACACAUGAAACCCGCAUUGACUCGUCCACGCACCAAGAGGCAGAGAUCCAACACUGUGCGCCGAGUUCACCUGGUGGAAAACCGCCACUAA